UAAUAGUUGAGCCAGGGUCACACUGGCUACCAUAUGUAGCGAAAAGGUAAACAAAAAAUAAUUAAAUGGAAGCAAAACCGAAACGCUCUUUUAAGCGGCCAUUCGCCUUCCCCAAGAACUGCGUUUACCGUCCGCUGCGGCAAAUAUGCAAUAUGGAGCGCAACAAAAAGCUGCCGGCCGAUCGGCCCACUUACUUCACGCUGAAUGCACCGCCCUCGCUGGUGCCCGCCAAGAAAUACUCGGACAUAAGCGGCCUGCCCGCCCCGUAUGCGGAUCCCCAUACCAAGCUGCGGUACGCCAAUGCCGACGAAUACGCUUCCAUGCAGAAUAUGCCCUCGGACAUCAUUAAUGGCUACCUAACCGUUCGUGGCUAUACGAGUGCCGUGGGAUAGUCCCCACAACUCUGGCGAUUCCCACCAACAAUUGCUAAUUGCGGAGCUGGCUGACCUUACUUUUCCCAACAUUGCGUGCAAGGUGGCGGCUUUGAGGCUGCUUCCUGGCUAGAACAGUUGGCUGAAGGUCAAAGAGUGCUCGGGAAUCACAUUGUAUGCCUAGUAAGGGAGUGGCAAAUGAAAAUGGAAUUCGAGUGUCGCCAGAUCAAGGCUACAACUUG